UGACUUCGUUAAGUGAUUCGACAUUUGCACUCAAUAUUGCUAUUCAUUGCUUACAUUAACUCUCAAGUGUUUAUCACUUGAAUUGAUUCCCAUAUUAUUGUAGAUAUCAUAUGAUUAUCACAACAAUCACCAAAAUCAACACAUUUAUAGUCAACAAAAACAAUGUCCGACGAUCUUGUCUUAGAUCCUGAUAUCAGGGUUUGGGUGUUUCUACCCAUUGUUGUCAUCACUUUCUUUGUGGGUAUUCUUCGACAUUAUGUCUCGAUUUUAAUUUCAUCGACAAAGAAGAUUGAGUUACAACAAGUGAUGGACAGUCAAGCAAUGAUCAGAUCCCGAUUACUCAGAGAAAAUGGCAAAUAUCUACCCAAACAGUCAUUUCUUAUUCGUCGUCAUUAUUUCAAUGACGAAGAAACGGGUUAUUUUAAAGUGAGUCAAAAACGACAGACAGCGGCUCCCAAUCCGAUGACUGAUCCGUCAAUGAUGACCGAUAUGUUGAAGGGAAAUGUGACAAAUGUAUUACCGAUGAUAUUAAUCGGCGGUUGGAUUAAUUGGACGUUUUCUGGUUUUGUUACCACUAAAGUGCCGUUUCCGCUGACAUUACGUUUUAAGCCAAUGCUUCAGAGGGGCAUUGAAUUGAUGUCUUUAGACGCUUCGUGGGUGUCGUCCGCUUCGUGGUAUUUCCUUAACGUAUUUGGUUUGAGAAGUAUCUACGCUCUUGUAUUGGGUGAAAACAAUGCCGCAGAUCAGACACGGCUAAUGAACGACCAAAUGUCUGGCGCCGCUAUGGCUAUGCCUACUGAUCCCAAACAGGCGUUUAAGGCUGAAUGGGAGGCAUUGGAGAUCUGUGAACAUCAGUGGGCGCUCAAGAAUACUGAAAAUGAAUUAACCGGUGUUUCGCUUAAUUCUUUAUCUGAGAACAGCUCAGGUGAUACUCGUAAUAGUAAUUAAAAAUUAUAAGCAAUAUUUGUAAUAUUAUUUGUUUUAAUAUUUUAUUUAAAUUAUAUUUAAU